CCUCCAGGCCCGCCCCGCGGCGCAUUGUGGGAUCCGUCUGUCAGUCGGGUGGUGGAAGACAACGUGCUCUGUCAUGGGGAUCCAGCCGAGCUCAGCCCUGCUGGCCUCCCUAGGGGUGGGGCUGCUUACUCUGCUUGGCCUGGCUCUGGGCUCCUACCUGGUUCGGAGGUCCCGCCGGCCUCAGGUCACUCUUCUGGACCCCAGUGAAAAGUAUCUGCUGCGACUGCUAGACAAGACGACUGUGAGCCACAACACCAAGAGGUUCCGCUUUGCCCUGCCCACCACCCACCACAUUCUGGGGCUGCCUGUGGGCAAACAUAUCUACCUUUCUGCCCGAAUUGAUGGCAGCCUGGUCAUGAGGCCAUACACUCCUGUCACCAGUGAUGAGGAUCGAGGGUACGUGGAUCUUGUCAUCAAGAUCUAUCUGAAAGGUGUGCACCCCAAAUUUCCUGAAGGAGGGAAGAUGUCUCAGUACCUGGAUAGCCUGAAGAUUGGGGAUGUGGUCGAGUUUCGGGGACCAAGUGGAUUGCUCACUUACACUGGAAAAGGGCAGUUUAACAUUCAGCCCAAUAAGAAAUCUCCACCUGAAGCCCGAGUGGCGAAGAAACUGGGAAUGAUUGCUGGUGGAACAGGAAUCACCCCAAUGCUACAGCUGAUCCAAGCCAUCCUGAAAGUCCCUGAAGAUCCAACCCAAUGCUUUCUGCUUUUUGCCAACCAGACUGAAAAAGACAUCAUCUUGCGGGACGACUUGGAAGAACUGCAGGCCCAACAUCCUAAUCGAUUUAAGCUCUGGUUCACCCUAGAUCACCCCCCAAAAGAUUGGGCCUUCAGCAAGGGCUUUGUGACUGCCGACAUGAUCCGGGAGCACCUGCCGGCCCCAGGAGAUGAUGUGCUGCUGCUGCUUUGUGGGCCACCCCCAAUGGUGCAGUUGGCCUGCCAUCCCAACUUGGACAAACUGGGCUACUCACAAAAGAUGCGAUUUACCUACUGAACAUCCCCAGCUUCCCUGGUCCCUAUAAAUCUCCCCUUUCAGUACUCAAGCCCGAUAAGCCCCAAAUUCCUUUCCUAUGAGUAUCAGCGCUUUGUGUCUUACUCUGGAGCUGAAAUUGGAAUGAGACCUGCAAGAGCAACAUUUCUGUGGCCAUUCAAGAAGGCCAAGACUGAGUCAUUCUUUAGAAGGUGCCCCAAAUCUCCCUAUGAGAGAAGAUCCAGAUGAGGCCCAGGAAGCCCUCUCUUCCAUGGAAUAAGAAAGAAGGUAGCAGGUACAUUUUCUCCAAGACUAGUUCCUUGAUAGCCUCACACUCUCAAUUUUGUACCUGUGAUAAAAGGAACAGUCUAUGCGAUGGGUUUUAUUUAAUAUUCAGUGUUUAACUUAUGGGCAAAUUCUGUAUAUAUGAAUGUAAGUUGACCAGACUUCUAGAGGUUUAUAGAGGUAGCAGGAGAGAAGGAGAGAAGGAAAUUGUUUCUUCAGACCUCCAAACCUCAGAGAAAGAAAUUUGAAAUGCAUAUUUGUGUGUCUGUAUCUCUCAGUCCCUGCCCAGGCUAGAGGGAAAUGCCACCAGUAACCUGCUGCUUGUAGCAGGAACCUUUGGCUAUGCAAAUAAAUGGAGCUGCAGCCCCAGUGUGAUA